CCUCUGUCGGUGGAUGAACACAAGCAGCUCCUCCAGCAGCAGAGGAAGAUCCUGGUUCUGUGUCAGAGGACAAACAUGAUCUGGGACCUCCUGGUCUAAUGGAUGAGAAGAAUUAAUUGCUAAUUGGGAGCUGGUAUGACUUCAUCUUCAUCACUCAUAUUCAGUGAUGGACACUAAGAAUCAAUGUCUUUAUUUGGGAUUGGACUUCUGUCCAGGUGAGACCCACAUCAGGAGCUCAGGACUGUUCAGUUUAACCUCUCUGGUCUGCUGAUGGUCCUUUGACCAAAGGUGUGUGGGUUACUCAGAGAGCAGCAGCACCAGUCCAGGAGAGUCUGGACCAGGACAGCCAGCAGCAUGGGGAGCAGGGAUAAUCAGCGGCGUAAGGCCUCACACAACAUGAACAACUCCAACAACAAUGACGGAAAGAAAGAUGACAAGAAAGAUGAGAAGAAAGAUGACAAGAAGGACGACAAAAAAGACGGAAAGAAGGAUGACAAGAAGGAUGAUAAGAAAGAAGAGCCGAAGGAGGUCUGGAUCAUGGAUCCUGCCACAGAUCUGUACUACUUCUGGCUCUACACCAUAUCAGUCUUUGUGUUUUACAACCUGAACUUUCUGGUGGCGAGAUCUUGUUUUAAUGAACUGCAGUCCACAUACUUAACUCUGUGGAUGGUUCUGGACUACAGCUCAGACCUCAUGUACUGCGCAGACAUAUUUGUUCGAGCCAGGACAGGGUUUCUGGAACAAGGCCUGCUGGUAAAGGAUGCAAAGGUCCUGAAAGAGGCCUACAUGAAGACUCGUCAGUUUAAACUCGACAUCUUGUCCGUUGUUCCUACAGACAUUGUGUUCCUUAAAAUUGGAAUCAACAACCCUGAGUGGAGAUUCAACCGUCUCCUCAGGCUGGCACGGCUCUUUGAGUUCUUUGAUCGAACUGAAACGAGAACCAACUUUCCAAACAUUUUUCGGAUUGCUAACCUCGUCCUGUACAUCAUCAUCAUCAUCCACUGGAACGCCUGCCUGUACUUUGCCAUCUCCAAGGUGCUCGGCUGCGGCUCGGAUACGUGGGUUUAUCCGGACAUCAAAAAACCUGUGAACGCUGCCCUGUUCAGGCAGUACAUCUAUUGCUUCUGGUGGUCCACGCUCACCUUGACCACGAUUGGUGAGACCCCACCUCCAGUCAGGGACAUAGAGUACUUUUUUGUUGUAGCCGACUUCCUGACUGGAGUCCUGAUCUUUGCAACGAUUGUAGGAAACGUUGGUGCCAUGAUCUCCAACAUGAGUGCCGCACGCGUUGAGUUCCAGGCAAAGAUCGACUCCAUUAAGCAGUACAUGCAGUUCCGGAAGGUCACCAAGGACCUGGAGCUCCGGGUGGUGAAGUGGUUCGACUACUUGUGGACUGAGGGGAAGAACUGCGAUGAGAAGCAGGUGUUGAAGAACCUGCCCGACAAGCUGAAGGCAGAGAUAGCCAUCAAUGUACACCUGGAGACACUGAGGAAAGUACGCAUCUUUCAGGACUGCGAGGCGGGUCUGCUUGUGGAGCUGGUCCUGAAGCUGCAGCCUCAGGUCUUCAGUCCCGGGGACUACAUUUGUAAAAAAGGUGACAUYGGCAGGGAGAUGUACAUCAUCAAAGGAGGAAAGCUGGCCGUGGUGGCAGAUGACGGGAUCACGCAGUUUGUGGUGCUCAGCGACGGUGCUUAUUUUGGAGAGAUCAGCAUCCUGGGGAUCAAAGGCAGCAAGGCGGGAAACCGAAGGACGGCCAACAUCCGUAGUGUUGGCUACUCCGAYCUGUUUGCUCUCUCCAAGGACGAUCUGAUGGAGGUACUGAUCGAGUACCCUGAUGCUAAGUAUGCCCUGGAGGAGAAGGGCAGGUCUAUCCUGAUGAAGGACAACCUCAUAGAUGAGUCUCUGAUGGCCGCUGUAGAUGCCAAAGACCUGGAGAACAAAGUCAAUCAGAUCGAGCACUGCGUGGACGUCAUGACGAACAAGUUCAAAAAACUGGAGAGCCACUAUGAAUCCUUUCAACGCAAACUCAAACAGCGGCUCUGUAAUUUAUCCAACGAGGUCCGGAUCCUGCGAGACGAUGACUGAAGCCUUCUAUCCAGACUCAGAAAACCUACCAGGAUCAGGACACCUCUUCUUUUGGACCAAACUUAUUAGAUUAGUUUUUAUUAUCAAACAAAAUUAAAUAAAGUUGUGUUUAAGGUUGUCAGUCGUUUCUCUGCAGUAGACUUCAUGAAGUUGAUGUUGGUCAACAUGAAACAAGUUCAGGUCAAACCUUAAAAACAAUACUCCCGAUCUCACGAUCCAAUGAUCUUUUCUCAUAUUUCUUAUYGUCUUAGAACUUGGUCCCAGACAACAGCAAAUGUGUUAAAAUCCACCAGGUCUCUCUUAAAAAAGACAAAGUUCUUGACAGACAACCUUAUCAUGUUCAUUACUGUAAAAUCAUUGAUAAAUACAAGAUCAUGGACUUUGAAAAUCAUCAAAGAUUCAGUGAUUUAAGUUGUUUGUAGGGUCUUAAAUGGACGAGCUCCUCUACCUUUAAAUGAUUUUAUUCACAAAUAUACAUCCAGAAUGAAUACUGUGUCUCAAACUUAAGGGGACUGUGUUGUUGCAAAGCAGAGAACUGAGUUUUGUCAAAAGGUGACGUCUAUCAGAGGAACACUUAACUAUCUCCAAGUUAUUCCAUUUUUUAAAAGAAACUUAAAGUUUGGCUAAAAAAAUACAGUCAUUCUCCUUUAACAUAAUUUAACUGUGUACCUUGUAGACUGAGGAGUUUGUGUUUGUUGGACUGUUGAAUUUUGUCUGUUUUGUGCACUUGUUUUAUGAAUCGUUACCUUUUUAUCUGCUCAGGACUAUCGAUGAAAUUUAACUGUUGUGCUAAUUCAAGCACAUUUAUAUUCACAGAAUAUUGAUUGUCCUUUUAAAUAAAUCAAUGAAAUUUGAUUUUGUGCUAUUUCUGAAAUUUUGCCAACAGGCAAACUGGACUAAAAGGAUCUGUUUUUCUGUGGACAAGUACUGCCACCUGCUGGAUUUUUAAGAAAACUACAGGUUCAGCAAUAUGAAAAAAACUUUUGUUUCACCAUUGGUUUAAUAAAAUGCUGAAAUGUUGAAA